UUCUUCUCGAUGAAAUUUCUCUUUCUUUUUUCCUUUUUUCCUUUUUCUCUUCUUUUUUUCUUUUUGUAUGUCUCUCACGAUUAAUCGCAAUUUAAAAGAAGGAAAAAGAGAAAAGAAAAAAAAAAAUUCAAAUUAUCCAACAGGAGGUAAAGGGUAAGAGAGGAGAUAUCGAAUAUCCAGGAAUAAUGAAAAGCUUUUCAGUAUGGAGGCGCAACAUCGAAGGACAACGUUGAGCAUGCGCGAGACCGUAGCUCCUUGCAGAUACUAUGAGCGGUGGUGUCUACGGUGGUGACGAGGUCGGUGCUAUCAUUUUCGACGUUGGACAUCAGAGCCUUCGCGUUGGAUAUGGCGGUGAGGAUACACCGAAGGCUGAAAUCCCAACGAAUCUUGGCGUAUGGGAGGAUCCCGUUGAUUUGCCUGAAUGUAAUCAUACCGUCAGAAAGCAUUACAACAUCGACGUCACUGCCAUUCAAGUCCGUAAAAAGGAUAUGGAGAUGGUCAGCUUGAUGAAAGAUGGUAUGGUCGAAGAUUGGGACAUGUUCGAACGUUUAACCGAAUACACGUAUAAACAACGUCUUCAUGCUUUACCAGAACACCAUCCGAUUUUAAUGACGGAGUGUCCCUGGAACACGAGAUUGAAACGAGAGAAACUUCUUGAAUUAAUGUUCGAAAAGUUUAAUGUUCCGGCUAUGUAUAUCUGUAAGAAUGCAGUUUUGGCGGCUUACGCCAAUGGAAGAUCAACUGCUAUGGUUGUCGACAGUGGUGCAACGCAUACCAGUGCCGUUCCGGUUCACGAUGGUUAUGUUAUUACACAGGGAAUAGUCAAAAGUCCUUUGGGCGGCGAUUUUAUUACCAUGCAAUGUAGACAAUUCUUUGAAGAAAAGGAUAUCGAAUUGGUACCUGCUUGUCUUGUUGCUAGUAAAGAUGUAGUAAGAGAAAGAGAUCCUCCACGUUGGACGAGAAGACCAGGACCACAACCAACCACUUCUUGGCUGAGUUACAUGGUACGAGAAGUAUUGCAAGACUUUCAAAUGAAUUGCUUGCAAGUUUCUGACAGUCCAUACGACGAGGACAUGGCUAAUACAUUACCUAUGAAACAUUUCGAAUUUCCAACUGGUUAUAACGAUGAUUUUGGCUCUGUAAGACUCAUGAUACCAGAGGCACUAUUUGAUCCUAGUAAUGUUAAAGGUGUUGGUGCUAGUAUUCUAGGCGUUGGUCCGUUAGUAACAACAAGUGUUGGAAUGUGUGACAUUGAUAUUAGACCUAGUUUAUACGGUAGCGUCGUAGUCACAGGAGGUAACUCUUGUCUCCAAGGUUUCAGCGACAGAUUGAACAGAGAUUUGGCCAGUAAGACGCCUCCGAGUAUGAGACUGAAGAUAAUCAGCGCCAAUAGUUCGAGCGAACGUCGUUAUGGUGCCUGGAUCGGUGGCUCGAUCCUUAGCUCACUUGGAUCCUUUCAACAGAUGUGGCUUUCGAGACAGGAAUACGAGGAGUCCGGAAAAUUGAUUUUAGAACGAGAUCGAGGUCUUUUAGAAAAGUGGAAGGGUGAUUUUGAAACACAACGCACAGAGAUCGAUCCACCUUGCUCGGCUCGAUAAAUCAAAUAAUAAUUGAAUCAAAAUACACGUAUAAACAUUUCAUUAUUAUCAUAUACAUAUUAUAGAAAUUAGGGUAAUAAUAAUUAACUAUAUUUAUUACUUAAUGCAUCUAAGACGAUAAGUAUCUUGCAACGACUUUUGGAAACGGUAAGAUCGAUGUUUGGCGAAUGAAAAAAAAAAAAAAAAUGGUAACGACUAGUCAAUACGUAAAACAUUUUAUUAAUCAAAAUAUUGUUUUAUACAAUCGCCAAUGUCGUUGGAUCAACGUGCUUAUUAAAAAGGUAACGAUACAGUUCCUAUUUUAACCAAAUCAUUCGCACGUUGCUUUCUCGAAGUUCCUAUUUUUCUUCCAUAUUUUUUUAAUGCUUUUCGACAUUGAAAGAUCAACGAUAUGCAAUAUAAAAAUUUAUCAUCUGUUGAUCGAUAAAAAAGAAAGAAAAAAAAAUGUUCGAGUAAACUCGCGCUUUUGCGUAAGGAAAAAAAAGAAGUCACAAAAUUGUAUAAGGAUAAUAUUUUUUUAAAAAUCUUUGAAUGUACGUAUGAAUUUUUUUUUUUUCCUUUUCAUUCUUUUCUUUUUUCCUUUCUUGCUAUAGCAAACUUUCGAAGGAACAAUUUUUGCGCACGUAUACUCGACAUUUCUCUUGCGUCCAAUUUAUUGAAAAAAAAAAAAAAAAAAAAGAAAAAAAAAAGAAGAAAAAGAAAAAAAAUAAUAAAAACAAUUUUCCAAUGUGUAUAUAUACACAUAAUGAAAUAAUCUAUAACGUCUAUAUGACUGGCUAUUAAUAUUGGAAUUAAUCCUUAAUUAACGAAAUAGAUUAAAUAAUGUAAUUCGACGUUGUAAAAGCUAAGUGCUAUAAAUGCUUGUACGUCGUAUCGUCUCAUCAUAGCCGAGUGUUUGGAAGUUGAAUAAAAAAAAAAUUCGUUUGUAACUCAUCGGGAAAAUUUAAUGCAAUACAAAAAAAAAGAAAAGAAAAGAAAAAAAAAGAAAAUCGUAACGGAAUAUGUAGUUAAAAAUUUCAACAUGAUGUUAACAUUCGAAAAACUAUGUGUAACUUUUGAAAAAUCGAACAAAUUAAUUUCCACGAUUCUUUUUUAAAUUAUGUGUGUAUGUGCGAGAACAUGUGUACGGCAUGUGGGUGUAUGUGAGUCUCUUUAUCUUCAUAACGAGUUAGACGCGCGUUAUCCUUGUUCCUAAUCUUUUACGAAUAUGUACACAUUUGUACAAGACGAGUAUUAAAAAUUCCAACGAAAGGAAAAUAAACGCAGACGUCACUGAAA